AACAUGAAACUCCACUAACCACAUUCCCCUUUUCCCCCACUCCGAUGGGCUGCGUUUCGUCCAAACUAUUCCCCAAAGAUCACGACUUUCCGUUCGCCGGCGACGGCGGUUGCGCCACCACCCACGUCGUUUCCCUCACCUCCAGCACCUACGGCGUCCUGAAGCUCGACAAAUAUUCUCAGCCGCCGCAAACGCCGCCGCAAUGCAACAAGGAAUGCGUUGUUGAAGUCAAGAAACCGUCGCCGGCGCGUGAAAAUCCGGCGGAGGUGAUCAACGCGUGGGAGCUAAUGGAGGGCCUUGACGAAACAGAGAUGCCCGCCGCCAAGAAAAGCCCGAAAGCUCGAAGCUUUAUGGAUCACAGAAGAAGCCCUUUGAAGUUUCUGAACCAAUUAGCGUCUCCGGGGAAGCUGAGGAGAUCUGCGGGGAAAGAGAACAAGCCCGGAAGAGCCGAAUUCAGCCCGAAAACCAUUCCCAAAGCUUACAAUUUGCAGGAGAGUCCAUGGAGAGUGUCACCAAGGUUGAGGAGCUUAAAGAAGGGGAGUCCAAAAUCGCCAAAUGAACUGAAAUGUGACAAUAUGAGAGCUGAUUCCAUGGCGGUUUGUUCCCGGAGGAGUUUAAACCCUCUGUUCAACCCAGACCUGGGCGAGAAAUUGUCGUCUGAAGAGGAAGAACAGAUCAAGAAGAUGAUCUCAUCCACUCCAAUUUCGCGAAAAUCAAGAAAAUCCCAGGAAGCUAUAGACAAAAUCCUAGAAAAAUUCGACAAGAAAUGCCCGCCGGCAGGAGAAAAUUCCGUCGUGAUUUACACGACGACGUUGAGGGGUAUAAGGAAGACAUUCGAGGAUUGCAACACCGCCCGUUCCAUCCUCGAAUCGCAUCACGUUCGGACGUUCGAGCGUGACGUGUCGAUGCAUUCGGGUUUCAAGGAGGAAUUGAGAGGGCUAAUGGGGACAAUGGUGGUGAAAGUGCCCUUAGUUUUUGUGAAGGGUAGGAUGAUAGGUGGGGCUGAUGAGGUGGUGAAGUUGGAGGAGGAGGGCAAAUUGGGAAUUUUGCUAAGCGGGAUCCCCGAGGCGGGCGCCGGAUGCGAUGGCUGCGUCGGGGUUCGGUUUGUGUUGUGCCCGAACUGCAACGGGAGUUGUAAGGUGUUGGGCGAAGACUUAAAGAAUACUGUUAAGUGUGGGGAGUGCAAUGAGAAUGGUUUGAUUCAAUGUCCCAUUUGUUGUUAACUAUGUAAAUUUGCAAACAUUAUUGUUUGUUUGUUCUUGCACCUUUGCAUAUUAUCCUUUUCUUGAACUUAUGGAGAAGGAAGAAUUUUAUGUUAAAUCUGUGGUCCUUUUUGGAUCAACUUUAGUUGCAUAUUUGCAACAUAUAAGAAGACAUUUUUCUGGUUGUGUUUUCACACUUAA